CUUUUUAGUUUUAAUUUUGAUUGCUGUUACUAUUGAUACCUGAGCCAAAGUGGUGAUGCCGCCUGAGGGAAAUUUCUGCAACCCCUAAGUCAACAUUUAUACGAUUGUGAGCCAUGCCUUUAGUGAAGAGGAACAUCGAACCCCGGCACCUGUGCCGGGGCGCCCUGCCCGAAGGGAUUACUAGUGAACUUGAAUGUGUAACCAAUAGUACCCUUGCUGCUAUCAUACGCCAGCUAAGCAGUCUGAGCAAACAUGCUGAAGACAUAUUUGGUGAGUUGUUUAAUGAGGCUAACAACUUUUACAUCAGAGCAAAUUCUCUUCAAGACAGAAUUGAUCGCCUUGCUGUCAAAGUUACCCAGCUAGAUUCGACAGUGGAAGAGGUGUCACUACAGGAUAUCAACAUGAAAAAAGCUUUCAAAAGUUCCACAGUCCAAGACCAGCAGGUGGUUUCAAAGAACAGCAUUCCUAACCCUGUUGCUGACAUCUACAACCAGAGUGAUAAACCACCUCCUCUGAACAUUCUCACGCCCUACAGAGAUGAUAAAAAGGACGGGCUGAAAUUCUACACUGAUCCUUCCUAUUUCUUUGACCUCUGGAAAGAAAAAAUGCUACAGGACACAGAAGACAAAAGGAAAGAGAAAAGGCGUCAAAAGGAGCAAAAGCGUGUAGAUGGCACGACCCGGGAGGUGAAAAAGGUUAGAAAGGCCAGAAACAGGCGCCAGGAGUGGAAUAUGAUGGCGUAUGACAAAGAGCUCAGACCCGACAACAGGUUGUCUCAGAGUGUGUACCACGGAGCGUCUUCCGAGGGGUCCCUGUCCCCGGAUACUAGGUCUCACGCAUCGGAUGUCACAGAUUACUCUUACCCAGCCACUCCCAACCAUUCUCUGCACGCACAGCCCGUCACCCCUUCAUACACAGCAGGUGACGCGCUGCCGCAUGGGCCAGCCAGCCAGGCCCCCGAGCAUGAGUACCGACCCCCCUCUGCCUCUGCGAGGCACAUGGCCCUGAACAGACCUCAGCAGCCACCUCCACCACCCCCACCACAGGCCGCAGAGGGGUCCCAGGCCUCGGCACCCAUGGCUCCAGCAGACUACGGGAUGCUCCCAGCCCAGAUCAUCGAAUAUUACAACCCCUCGGGGCCACCUCCUCCCCCACCCCCACCCAUGAUCCCUUCAGCACAAACUGCUUUCGUCAGCCCUCUCCAGAUUCCCAUGCAGCCCUCCUUCCCAGCAGCAGCUGGGUCCUCCUACCCAGGCUCUUCUCUCUCCCCCUCCCCCAUGCAUGGCCCUCCAGCAGCUGAGGCAAAGAGACAAGAAACUGCACAACCUCCCAUAAGCGAUGCUCGCAGCGAUCUUCUUGCUGCCAUUCGAAUGGGAAUUCAGCUGAAAAAAGUACAAGAGCAGCGUGAGCAGGAGGCCAAGCGUGAGCCUGUGGGGAACGACGUGGCCACGAUCCUGUCCAGACGCAUUGCCGUGGAGUACAGCGACUCCGACGACGACUCGGAGUUUGAUGAAAACGACUGGUCUGACUGAGGCGGUGUGCAGGGGACAACGUGGCGACCAGGCUGGUGGCCAACCAGGGGACCGUGUGCUGGAAGUAUAUUGAAAAUAUUAAGUGGUCUCAACACCCAAAUAGUGGUAUUAUAAUCUUGUAGCUUAGCAACUUUUGUAUUAAUAAUGUGAUAAUGCUUUUGCACAUCCAAAAAUUCUGGGUUCUUUCAGUAUUUACUGUGUAAUACUUAAGUGCCACUGAACAUAGAAAAUUGUGCUGCACAUGAGGAAAUAUGCUGUACCUAUUGCAUUGUCCUGAAAACAGCAUUUGCUUCCAUUUUUUUGGCCAUGAGAGUGUUCAGUGCAGUUUGGGUUUACUCGUGGCUUAUGAUUCUGCAGACUCGCUGUGUGCUUGUGAAGCUGCGUGGUAUUAGGCCGUGGCAGGAUUAAUGACUGUGUCAGAGUGACGUCUUCCAAUCAGUAAGUGAUAUCGUUUCAACUUUUUGUGUGUGUUUCAGAAGAAGUUGGUUCUAGAGAGAAAGAUUUAACAUGAGAAUCAAAUGCUUCUGCUUUCAUUUUGUUGGCGUGGUAGACUCUGGAUUUGAAUGUUCUGCUGAAUAAUUUCAUUGCCUUUGCACGCUCUUAUAAAAUGUGAAAUUGGGAGCGCUCUUUCCAGGCAGGAUUCCCAGUGGGCGUUCAUUUAGUCAAUGCUUGCUGAUGCUUUUUGUAAGAGGUAAGCAGCUCAGUAGUAAAGAAAAUGAAGAACAGGGUCCUCCUUCCUCAGGGGCCAUUGGGGAUGACACUCAAAACAUUUGACAGCCCUCCAGCCUGGGCACCAGCCGGGCCGAGCAGACAAGCAGCCUAGGAGUUGCGCCUGGCGGGGCGGAGCUGCUUGUCGGCUCUGGUGUGAAGGAGACUGCGCCUUCCCUUCACGGAGCCCGGCCUAACUUAGCUCCUCUGCGUGCUCGUGCUCCAGAGAGCUCUCCAGAUGCCACCUCGCUCCACUUGGUCUGGACUUUAAAGCCUGGGUGCUGGCGAAUGUAGGUGUUGCGAGCUCUCUGCUUCUCCUGGUGCUGUGGCCGGAUUAGGGAUCCACCACAGGAGCGGGGCCUUCGCUCUCUCCUACAAGCACACGGUUCUCUUUUCUCUCAUUGUCAGCACAUUACAUUUUAAAAAGUACCUCAGAGUAGAUUAGACCUGUAACUGUAAGAUUAGACGCGUUCCUUCCACCUUUGCCCCUCCUGCUACUCUCCGCACACGGUCACACAGAGGCCGGGGUUCGGUCCCGGUGAAGUUGCGUAAACGCGGACGCUCAGGAGUGAGAGCUUCUGUUCUGUGCUUUUGGAUGAAGGGUAACUGCUUGUCUAGAAUAAGCAAACACCCCAGGCUUUGAUUAGAAACAGGACUGCACAAAUACGCUGCGACACUUUACUUACCAAGGAAUUCUUACCGGGCCCAGCAUUUCAAACCUGGCAGGUACUAGUGACACUCAGACAGGAUGAGUCUUUAGCUGGGUUGACGGUAGGAAUGUGCCCGGGACUGUAGCGAACAGAGUUGUGGUAAUGAGCUCACCUGAGGAAAUCCGCCGGCCCCCAGCCUGUCUGUGUGUCCCGGAGUGGCCAGUGGCUUGGCUUGUAGGCGGUCAUCAUAAAAAGCCUGCACCUUGGGUUUUAGUCACAUAGAUUUUGAAACCCUAAAGCCUCAUGUCUGCAUCCCCUUUCCAAGACCACGCUUGUACCAGGCUGCGGAGUCUUCAGCUGUACCCGCUGUUUCAGCACAUGCUUCCUGAGUUUCUGUUUCGUGGAGCUUCACCAUUUGUCUGUCACCUUAAUUUUACUCAGUGUAAGGAAUAGUUAUUAAUGAACCUUCACUUCCUUUGUUUUUUUUCCAGUGUAGAGGCCUACUCUCUUGGCGUUAUUCUUGGGACUUUUAUCAUUUUUAGUCUUAUUUUGUCAUUAUAACAAUGUUUUAUCUUAUUACAGUAUUUUGUCUUUCCUGUACUUUUGGAUUGGGAGUCACCUGUGUAAUUCUACAACUCAUUCUUGGCGAUGCAUCUUUGUUUCUCAUGUCCCUUCUGUUCUCAGGACGGAGAGGACACACAGCUCUGAUCUACGUCAGGAUUUCUUCUACUUACAAUAGCUCAUUACCAUGAAAUCAGUGGCACUUUAUUCAUAAGUAUUCAUAAGUUGAUUAGUUAUUAGUUGCCUUCCUGUAGUUUAAUCAGCAAGUUAUUUUCAACUUUAUUUUCUGACUAGUGAAAAGGCCUUUGCCCUGAUGUGUGGUGUGGCCAUUAAAAUAAUGGAAAAGUACAAAAUUCAAUUAAGAUUAUUUUUGCUGUAUUUUUCUCAGCAAAUUUGAUUCUAAAA